CCCCCUCUUUCUUUUCUUUUUUUUUCCUUAUUCCUCUCUUUUCUCUCUUCUUGUGAACGUUUUGCUGCAACCCACGCUGCCCACUGUUAUGCCUUCCGCAGUUUGGAUUGUUCGAAUAAAGCGUUCAAAGUGAUCGUUUGGUGUCGUUUCACCUUAAUUUAGCCCGGGGGAAUCCCAGAACCUCUACGGCCCUCUGGUCUGUCCGGUCCGGGUCGUAACAAAUUUGGCGUAGUCGGCAGGAUUCCCUCAUUGGUGCUAAAGCGAUCACUGGGACUAGGCUUUUACCAAAGCCCCUCUCUGAGAGGAGUCAUACACCAGGGGAGACAGUCCUCUGAGGACUAGUACGGGAUCUGGUCCCUAUAAUUGUACACUCAUAAUGGCCUCCCUGGGAGGACCGAUUGUAGAUUGUACCCCUCUCCUGGAGAGGUUAGAGGGCUAUAGCGCCCGACCUUCUCUCUCUGGUAUGACUUGGGCCCACAAUAAUUGGCACGAUCCACAAGCGGUAGCCGACAGAAUUUCCACCUUGGCUAAAGAACGAAAACUGAAACAAGGAAAGGGGAAGGCAGUAGUUUGUGCGGUUUUAGGAGCAGCUCUGGUGGCAGCACAACGGAAUAAACACAUGGCCCAACACGUGGAAGGGGAGACAAUAAAAUCCCUUCAAGAUCUGGUGGGGGCUCUGCAGGAGCAAUUAGGAAAUGAGACAAGACAUCUCUCUGAUCAGCUUACCGCCGAGCGGGUGACUAACCAACGGCUACACACCGCUUUGACGGAAGCUUUGGAGCGGGAGCGAAUAUUGCGGGAACGAUUAGAUGAAAUCCGCUCCCCAAUUGUUGUAGAAAAUUCGGAUGCCGAUUCUGACGAGGGGAAAAAUCCAAAACCGUUAUACCCUCUUAAAGACCUAGACCGUAUAAAAGAAAUAUUUUCCCUCGGGGAGGGAGCUGUAAUGCGACCUUUAAUUAAAACUGAGACUGUGGAUGGUGGUCAAGGAGGACCCCAACAAGUUACCACUCGUAUCAUUCCCUAUUCUCCCACUGAUUUGGGUAAAAUUCAGGAGAAAUAUUCCCGGGGCCCCCGAGAAACUGAAACUGAGUAUGUGUGGAGAGUGUCUCUUACCGGGGGUGACCGUAUCUUGCUGAGUGAGGACGAGGCGAGAGGAUAUUGGGGUCCGGGAGUUUUUCUAACCACAAAUGACAAUAGAGAACCCUGGUCCCUGACCCAAAGAGUGGCAUACUGGGCGGGUGGAUUGGAUCCCAUGGAAAGGGGAGACCCCUUCUCGAUUAAAACGCCUACGGCGGGGCACAUUUUAGAAAGUGUACAGAAAACUGCGUGCCUCCAGUUGAUGCAUGACCGGUUAUUGGUUCCGCAACAGCCCUCUCCCAUGCAAUAUGUGGCAGACCCCGACAGGUUGCAUCCCCUUAUAAGAGGAUUACCUGAUGCUUUGAAAUUAUAUGCGGUGCAACUACAAGAUCGGUUGAGGGCGCCUCGACCCCAGAGAAGGGGAGCCCCCCCGGAGACGACAUGGGGAGAGGUGGCACAAGAAUUGAUUAAUUACAGGAGACGGAUGGGAUUUACCGGCCAGGGAGAGACAAAAUCCAAGGCGGACCUUAGGAGGGUGGAAGGCAAUGGGCGAAUAAAAGCUGCACCCCCGAAGCCGACGCGGCCCCCUGAUAUCACCUUUUUAGUAGAUACCGGAGCCCAGAUGUCGGCUCUCCGGGAGGACGUGGCUAACCGCUACGGGAUAGUGGCGGAUAAAAAGCGAAUUUGGGUUACUGAUGUGUUUGGAAAUUCCAGACCUCAACCGACUGCUCGACCAGACGGCAGAUGGCGGCUAACAGUCGAUUAUCGGCACCUAAACGCCAAUACAGGCCCCUUAACCGCCGCGGUGCCAAACAUAGCAGAACUGAUCGCAACCAUCCAGGAACAAGCACACCCGAUUUUGGCAACCAUUGAUCUCGACCUUUAUAUGACCUGA